AUGAGCUAUCCAGGUCACUGCCUACCUCCCACCAGCAGCCUGCCUCCUGUACGGUCGCUGCACACACUCAGCGAGCAGCAAAUCUCAUCGGCCUUGGGCAACCUGCACUAUAUCUACUGCCCGCUUCGCCUGCCCCGAGCGUUCAAACCCCAUGGGGAGCCGAAGAGACUACUGAGCGUCCCACCCACGCCUGCCGAUUCUGGUUACGCCUCAAACAACGAGGACGACGACGAAGAAGAUGCCCUCGCCAGCCUCCGUGCGGAUGCGUUCGAGCGCAACUUCACGGUGCGCUGGCUGACGGCCUUCAUCGCGCGGGCCGAAGAGCUGGACUCGAUUGACGAAGAUACGCGGAUGAAGCUAAUUGACGAGGCUGCCUUUGUGCUCGCCUCCUUCAAUGACGACGUGAAAGAGGACGACGAUGCGGACGACGGCAUCACUCGCAACUUCUCGUUUUCCUUGGCUCCUCUCCCGGCCCCCGCGCCGAGCGAGAUCGAAGUGCGCCUGAACGACGCUCCGCUCUCCGGCACCGAUCACACCGACGUCGGCCUGCAGAGCUGGGGCGCUUCCAUCGUCCUUUCCGACAUGAUGUGCGCCUCGCCCGCGCGCUUCGGCCUGGAGCCGUCCCAGCUCGGCCCUUCGCCCACCAUCGUCGAGCUGGGAGCAGGGACCGGCCUGGUCAGCCUCAUGCUCGCGAAACUGCUGCCGCACCUCUACGCCGGACAGCAACAAUCGACGCCGACCAUCGUCGCCACCGACUACCACCCGGCCGUGCUGGAGAACCUCAAGGCCAACAUAGCCACAAACUUCCCAGCUUCUUCGUCCCCUUCCUCCCGGUCCUCCUCCCCCUCCUCCUCCUCCUCUCAACUAAACGACGACGAGACGCCCGCGCCGGUGCAGACCCGCCUCCUCGACUGGUCCGACCCCUCGCCAGCGCUCUCGCAGGCGCCCCUCGACGUGCCCGCCCGCCUCCUCGUCGCCGCCGACGUCGUCUACGCGCCCGAGCACGCCGUGUGGCUGCGCGACUGCGCCGGCCGCAUGCUGGACUGCUCCUCGGCCGGCAGCAGCGUCUUCUGGCUCAUCGCCACCGCGCGCCCCAAGUCCAACCGCUUCGCCCCGCUCGUCGACACGGUCGAGGCCGCCUUCGCCGACCCCGACGCGUGUCCGCGGUCCGCCGACGGCGGCGGCAGCGGGGCGAGGAGGCUGGGUAUCUUGGGCGUCGAGAGGCUGGAGAAGAGGAGCGGCGUGGGGCGGGGGGAUGAGGGGUAUUAUAAGUUGUAUAGGAUUGGGUGGAUGUAG